GCUGUCAGAGUGUGCUAUGGGUUUACAAGAGCAACAAAAGGUGAAUAAACCUCUGAAGUUGGUGUCAUUUGAGGAUGUGGCUGUGGACUUCACUUGGGAGGAGUGGCAGGACCUGAAUGAUGCUCAGAGGACUUUGUACAGGGAUGUGAUGCUGGAGACCUACAACAACGUGGUGUCACUGAAACAUUGCAUUAACAAAGCUGAGGAUUUCAAGUUAGAACAAGGAGCAGAGCCAUGGACAGUAGAAGAAUGCCCAAACCAGAUCCUGCAAGAUGUCCAGUUAGAUGAUGACAUAGUGGAGAGGAACCAAGAAAGUCAUGGUAGAGGCUUGCAGCAAAUUGUAAUUACCAACAGCAACACAUCAGCUGAUGAUAGAGUUGUGUUAGGAAAAUCAUUUUUUUUAAAUUCAUAUCAUGUUUUAAAUCAGAUUAUAAAUAAUGGAAACUAUUCAGGGAAGGGACAUGAGGAGUUUUACAGAUGUCCGAAUGCACUUCUUCCUAGAGAGCCUGAUGAGAUGCCUGCUGGAGAGAAACCUGAUGACCAUCAUGUAACUGGAAAAUUGCCCAGACAUCAUGAGCAUCUUAGCCAGCAUCCCAAUAUUCAAACUGGGAAGCAGCCUUUAGAAUGCAGUGGAAAAGGGAAAUCCUCCAGCACAGAGCCAAUAAUAUUUACACAUAGAAAUAUUCAUACGUAUGAGACCACCUAUAAGUAUAAUGAAUAUGAGGAAAACUGUGGUAAGUCAGCUGUCAUUGCCCAAGAAAUAAAUGAGGUAGAAAGGAAAAAUUUUCAUUGUGAUGUAUGUGAGAGAAUGAUCUAUAAAAAAUGUAAACUCAGUAAACAUCAGAUUAUGCACACAGGAGAGAAACACUGUAAAUAUACUGAAUAUGAGAAGUCUUUUAUUAAGACAUACUUUACCUCACAUCAGAGAACACCUACACAGGAGAAACUUUGUGGUUGUAAUGAACAUGAGAAAAUUUUUUGUCAGAAGUCACACCUUAUAAUGCAUCGGAGAAUUCACAAAGAAGAAAAGCACUAUGUAUGUAUGAACUGUGGAAAAAGUUUUUGUGAGAGUUCAUGCCUCAGCCAUCCUGAGAGGAUUCACACAGGUGAGAUACCAUAUGGAUGUAACGAAUGUACCAAAUUUUUCUACUACGAGUCUGCCCUCACUGUAUGUCAGGGAAUUCACACAAGUGAGAAACCAUGUAAAGUAUAUAAAAAAACUUCCUACAGUAAUAAAUGUGGUAAAACAUUUCACCAAAAAUCACACAACAGCAGCCAUCAGAGAAUUCACACAGGUGAGAAACCAUGUGAAUGUAAAGACUGUGGAAAAGCUUUUAACCAAAAGUCAAACCUCAGCAUUCAUCAGGGAGCUCACACAGGUGAGAAACCGUAUGAAUGCAAAGACUGUGGAAAAGCUUUUAUCCAAAAGUCAGACAUGAGCACUCAUCAGAGAAUUCACACAGGUGAGAAACCAUAUAAAUGUAAAGACUGUGGAAAAGCUUUUAAUCGAAAGUCAAAACUCAGCAGGCAUAAGAGGAUUCAUACAGGUGAAAAACCAUAUGAAUGUAAAGACUGUGGAAAAACUUUUAACCAAAAGUCAAACCUCAGCAUUCAUCAGAGAGCUCACACAGGUGAGAAACCAUAUGAAUGUAAAGACUGUGGAAAAGGUUUUACCCAAAAGUCAGACAUGAGCAUUCAUCAGAGAAUUCACACAGGUGAGAAACCAUAUGAAUGUAAAGACUGUGGAAAAGGUUUUACUCAAAAGUCAGACAUGAGCAUUCAUCAGAGAAUUCACACAGGUGAGAAACCAUAUGAAUGUAAAGACUGUGGAAAAGGUUUUACUCAAAAGUCAGACAUGAGCAUUCAUCAGAGAAUUCACACAGGUGAGAAACCAUAUGAAUGUAAAGAUUGUGGAAAAGCUUUUAACCGAAAGUCAAAACUUGUCAUUCAUCAGAGAACUCACAUAGAUGAGAAACCAUAUGAAUGUAAAGAAUGUGGAAAAAUGUUUAACCAAAAGUCAUACCUCAGCAUUCAUCAGAGAGCUCACACAGGUGAGAAACCAUAUGAAUGUAAGGAAUGUGGAAAAACUUUUAACCAAAAGUCAGUCCUCAGCAGACAUGAGAGAAUUCACACAGGUGAGAAACCAUAUGAAUGUAAAGACUGUGGAAAAGCUUUUAACCGAAAGUCAAACCUCAGCAUUCAUCAGAGAGCUCACACACAUGAAAAACCAUAUGAAUGUAAAGACUGUGGGAAAGCUUUUAGCAAAAAGUCAUACUUCAGCAUUCAUCAGAGAGCUCACACAGGUGAGAAACCAUAUGAAUGUAAAGAAUGUGGAACUUUUAACCAAAAGGUAGACCUCACAAGGCAUGAGAGGACUCACACAGGUGAGAAACCAUGUGAAUGUAAGGAAUGUGGGAAAACGUUUACUGGAUCUCACCAUAAUAGACAUGAACAAAUUCACACAUGAGAAAAUCCCAAUUAAUGUAAUGACUGUGGGAGAAAUUUUUGCCAUAAAUCACACCUCACGUUUCAUCAGAGUACUUACACCAAGAAGAAGCCCUAUAAAUGCACAACUGUCCCUUGGUAUUGGAGGUUGGUUCCCGGAGCCCCUGUUGAUGAAAACACUUGCAAAUGAUCAAGCACUUUCUAUAAUAGUGUACUGUUUCAAUAUUACCUAUGAACUUUUUUCUGUGUCCUUAACAUCUUGAGUAGAAUCCUUAUAUAACUGAAUACAUAAGGAAUUCCUUGCAAAUA